GGAGAGGAGGAGACACGCGGCGCGCAGGAGAUGCCGGGGCUUUAAAUUGGACUAGUCACAUCGCACAUCGUUACUUUCAUUCAGCGCAGCCACUGCUUCUGCUCCUGCUUCUGCUGUGGAGAGACGGAACAGCGGGACUUGUGAGUUUCUCCCCGAGUUUUUUUUAGAAGGCUGGCUGGUUUUGAUUUCUGGGUUUCUUAUAGAGUGGGGGCUGGUGUACACUGCAGAACUGUGACUUCAAAAAAAAAAAAAAAAAAAAGAAUAAAAAAACGUGUGCAGAGGUGGACCAGGCUCGGGCAACUGUUGAACGCAGAGCAGAUGUGCAGGCAGAGGCGAAAUAAAUCACAACCUGGAUGUGCCUACUCCCACUGAAUAUCCUGAAAACAACUCUGGUGAAUCAUUACAGAAUGAUGCAGAAGUCCAACCGACCUUUUAUAGUCAACAGGUGAUUUCACUGGAACUUAGAUGAAACAGAGACUUACUCCUGUGAACUGCAGCACAGAGAAGGAUAUCUGUAUUUUGGAUGUUUAUUGCGCUGAGAAAUGUAAACAAAGGUAUUUUGGAUUGCCUGGAUACUUUGAACCACCACUUGCAGCAUGGUCAUUUUUUUGGAUUUUGCAACUGCUGCUUAAUCAUGAGGCUAUUUUUGUCAGUUCCCUGCUGAGAGACUGUGAGUGUGACGCAAUGAAUCUGACCAAACGAAGAAAAUUCAGGACAUUUGCUCUUUUGGUGUGCAUUUUAACAUUUACCAUGUUCCUGUUCAGCUACACCUUCCAGAUACCUAUUCUUCACUUCACUUUUUUUAAAUAUGCCUUUCACCUGUCGGACUCUAAAGGACUAUGCGCCUGCGAGCAAUGCAUAGUGGAACUGGACGAUGACCCGUGGUUUGCCGAGCGCUUCAAUCAAUCCAUCCACCCACUGAUGACCACAGACAACAGCGUGCUCUCUGAUGAAACCUAUAAAUGGUGGCAGUGGCUCCAAGCUGAACGAAAGCCGGCCAACUUUACCCAAGUGGUGGAAGAGUUGUUCCAAGUCAUCCCCGAUGAGGUGCUCUACACGGACGCAGGCCCUGAGCGCUGCAGAACUUGCUCAGUGGUUGGAAACUCUGGAAACCUGAAGGGGGCGCACUACGGCUCACUUAUUGAUUCCAGUGACUUCAUCAUAAGGAUGAACCAGGCUCCUACCAGUGGCUUUGAGCAGGACGUUGGCUCCCGAACUACUCAUCACCUCAUGUACCCAGAAAGUGCCAUCAACCUGGACAACAGCACCAGCCUGGUCCUGAUUCCAUUCAAGACUCUGGAUUUGCAGUGGAUCACCAGCGCCCUCACUACCGGCACUAUUAAACAUACAUAUUUGCCAGUGAUGUCCAGGAUCAAGGCUAACAAAGACAAGGUCCUGAUUUACAGUCCCACAUUUUUUAAGUACGUCUAUGAGUCUUGGCUUGAGGGGCACGGGCGAUAUCCCUCCACCGGAUUCCUAAGCUUAAUGUUCGCAGUCCACAUAUGUGAUCAGGUCAAUGUAUUUGGAUUUGGCGCAGACCAAAAUGGGAACUGGCACCACUACUGGGAGGAAAACCACUUGGCUGGAGCUUUUCGACACACGGGGGUCCACAAUGGAGACUAUGAGUACAAUGUGACUCUGCUGUUGGCAGACAAGCACAAAAUCAAGAUGUUUAAAGGCAGAUGAUAGCGAGCCCUGUGCCUGUGCAGCGAGACAGCCUAACGAAGCCCAGCGCCUUUAAUGAUGCCUCACACCUCCACCUGCUGACACACUGUAAAGGACAUGUUCAUACAGCCCUUCUGAUCGUCUCUUUUGGGGAUCUGAGCUGAAACCAGUCUCCAGCCACAAGGGAAGAAUGGUAGAGGAGUUUUAAUGGGCAUGCUUUUGAUAUGAAAAUGUAAUUGUAGGCUUUAUAUGACAGGCAGAAUUGUGGUAUCAAUCGAAGAUUAAAACAUGUUAUUUUUUGAAGGGAUUGUUCUCAUUUUAAAAAAAGUAAAAAAGGGUACA